AUGCAACGCAUUACAUACACCUCCAGACCUCUUGGACGUCUUUUACAAACCAGUCAACGCAUCAAUUUAUGCAGAGGAUAUGCAUCUGCUGCCUCCAAGCAUUCAUGGCGUCCUACUCGGCAGACAGCUAUACUAGCAGUCACUGGAAUAGCAACCACAAGCGCAUAUGCAGCCUGGAAAAUGCAGACUCCGGUCUAUGCCGAAGCACCUUCAAACGUUUUUGCUGGUUCUGUUGAAGAUCCCAGCACAAAAAUUUCAUUUCCUAUCUUUCUCAAUCAUGGCACUGAAUGGAAGCGAUUAAUUGGAUUGGGUGCUCGUCAAGUCAGCUUCCUUAGUAUCAAUGUUUAUGUACUUGGACUUUAUAUGCGUAGUCAAGAUAUCGGUACUUUGAGAAAGAUUGAAGGAUGGGAAAAUUUUGACAAGACCGAGUUCUUGGGAAAGGAAGAUUUAGCCUUGACUUUAUUAAAAUUGCCUUUUGAUAUCUCGAUUCGUGUUGUUCCUUGUCGUGCAACUAAUACUCAGCAUCUGCGGGAUGGUUUCACUCGAUCCUUAUUGCAACGUAUGCGUGCCGAAUCAAAGGAUAUGACAGAAGAUGAGGAGAAGGAUAUUUUGGAUGGUAUCAAGGAGUUCAAAGGAAGUUUUGCAAAUGCAAAUAUCAAAAAAGACACCGAAUUUAUCUUUACGAAAACAGCGAAUGGAGAGUUGUUGGUUGAGUUUGAGGGCAAAUUGAUGGGUACGGUUAAGAACAAGUGGGUAGCCACCAACUUUAUGAUGGGAUACCUCAACCCAACCAAACCUGCAAGUGAAUUGGCCAGACAGAAUAUUGCAGAGGGAUUCGAGAAAAUCCUGGACGAGAAAUCAGCAUGA